AUGAGAGAGAAAUUGGAAGGGUUAGUGCGUGACGUCGAUGGAAUAGUACUACAAGCAUCUAACACUGAGAUGAGGGUAUCGGCCGAGGGAGAAGAACGGAUGGUGACUGCUGCAGACGACAUGGAAGCCACGCAUGAUACAUCGACUUCGGACAAAGCCACACUUCACAGAACUGGAACGUCCGGCUCGAGUGCUACUUCCAACCCAAGAACGAUGGCAGCAACUGUGAGCGAUGCAGAUGAGACAUCAACACUUAGCAUCAACGCACCUUCCGAAAUUGGAACAUCACACUCGAGCGCAGCUUCAAUUCCAGAAGGCCCUAGCCCUGUGCUGCAACCACAGCCCAGGAAACCAGUCGAACGUGACAGCAUCGGCACGCCCAUCACGAGAUGGCGAUUUUGGCCACCCCCAGACAACCCAGCUCGCUAUCUCGACGCCUUCAUCCAACCCCACCUGGAAGACCCUCGCUUCGAUACUGCAACGAUGCCACACCUAAAGCCCUCAAGCUUUGACUCCACAAGAGAGCUGCCCUUCGAUGGAUCAGGGCCAAUAUCAGGCGAUCUCGAGCUUCAGUCGCGGCCGUACCGCACAAAGCGGCGCAUACUCAAGCCCAGGGAAGGACGUGCCCGAAGAAUUCAAAUGACGUCUAAACCGAUACUCACACAAGAAUUGUUACGUGAGGUGGAAAUGAAUGUAGACCAGCAACAACAGGAACCUAAAUCAUCGACGUCGAAGGAAUCUCAUCAUCAACGACCUACUAGAAUACAGCCACACCCGAAGCACGCCUGUUUGUGA